AUGGAUCGCCUCAACAAGGCUCAGCUGAAGGGCAAGCUGCAGGAGUUCAGGGAAACUCCUCCCAGCAGCUGGACAUGUCCGGAGCUGCGCCAACGACCUCGCGAGCUCAAUGGAGUAUACACCAGCCAGCAGAAGGAACUACAUAUGCUACAUGUCAUGUUGUCCGGAAACGAAACAGUGGCCCACUCCGAGACCAAGGCCCUGAACCACUUGCACGAGACCGUCGAGAGCCACAGCCAAGAUGUGAAGAUGUGGCGAAUCAACCGCUGGCCCCACAAAGUCGAGGAGACAGGCCCGGACAAUGCGCAGGGAAAGCUCCAACUGCACUUGAAAGCCACGGCCAAAUUCUCCGUCGAACCCAAGGCCGACGAGGACAAGGAUCCGAUGAAGCGUGUCAGCGGCUCCAAGACCACGAAGGCGGCGAGUCGGCGAGUGCGAGUGGCGACAAGGUCACAAGGAGCACGAGUCGCUUCAGGGCCCAAAGCGGUGUUUGACGUCGACGUAGAGGAUCGGGACCUGGAGGCGAUUGAGGGUGCACCAAGCUUAGGCGUUUCUUGCAGUGGAGCAAUGGCGUUAGAACGUCGUGACCUUAGUGACGGCAAGGCUCGUCAGAUAGAGGAACCGUCUCAUGCAGUGAUUCCUGACAUACUCCAAGAGCUUAGCGGGCGUAGCGACAAUGGAGUGCAGAGGCCUGUGCUUAUGGAAGUGGCGCGCGUGCCGAAUAGAAGCGCCGCAAUCGCCAUCGAGAUUGAGAUGCCUGACAGCAACCGUGGUUGGCAGGCACUCUACGCGGACACGAGUGGAUACUCCAUUGGUGCACUCAAACGUGGUAUGAUCUCGGGGCAUGUAGAUGACUUCGUGUUCUGCGGCCGCUCCGACGACGAGGAGUGGCAAGCCGUUCUGGAAAAGAUGCGACAGAGGUUUCAAGGGGGUGACUGGGAGGACGAGAAGUUCGUCAGCCUUCUUCGGUCCGAGGUUUACCGCACGCAAGGAGCGGCUCAAACACAGGCGGCGGUCAAUGGAGAGGAUGCUUUCUAUUUUGCCAGGAAGCGCCAAGCUGCAGGCUUGAAUCCUUUGAGCUCGGAAAUGGAAGAGAAGUCAGAUGUUCUGAAAAAGCAAAACGGCGCCCUCUUUUUUGGGGCACAAGGUGGCAGGUGA